ACACGUGCAUGGUCAGGUGUGAAAGAAAUUUCUGUCAUAAACACUGAAGCUAGUAAGAAGUGAAGUUAUAUUAUAGAUUGUCCUACAAGCAAAGCUCAGUGAAAGAGCCGGGGCUCUUGCAGUGUUCUUGAGACAAAAAUUCAAAAUACACAGCAAUUUUUUAAACGGAAAAUAACAAGUAAGGAUUACAAUUUAUGAGGAAAAAUAUAAACAACUGACUGUUUUCUGCGAGACAUUGUUUACGCAAGAUGUCGGAGUGUCCAUCUACAGAAUAUGGGGCAUUGAGCGAGGAGAAAGUACAAAGAGCUUUGGCUAUGCUGAAUGUUGAAUUUAGUGAAACACUUUCAAAGCAAGCUAAGUGUAAAUGUCUUCAAGACAGCAUCAUGAACACAGAAAAUUUACCUAUUAUAUUUGACAUUAUGGAUGUGCUGUCGGUAUCAAGUAAGGGUGCAAUAACGAUUGAAGAGAUGAGAGAAAGAAUAAAUAUUAAACUGAUAUCAAAAGAAACUGGCGGCGCAAAAGACGAGAUGGAGAGACUUCUGGAAAGCAAAGUAGAAUUCCAAAUAAAUAAGGAAAAGUUAAGCAAACUGUAUGGAAAAUAUAUUGAUAUAUUGGACUCUACCUUCCCGUCUAUGAUGGAUCGCCUUACCUCAGAAGAUAUCAUAGCAAAUGCUGCCAAAAACAUCCAAGAAACACAGAAGGCAUUAAACGAUACUCAAUGCACCAUUAUUGUUACAGGUGAAACUGGAGCUGGUAAAAGUACCCUGUUGAAUCUUAUAUUACAAGAUAAGGUGUUGCCCCAUCAUGCAAUUAGUUGCACAUCCACUAUCUGUAUGAUCAAGUACGGAGAAAAAAGACAUAUGAAAGUCAGUUAUAAUAAUGGUCAAGUGAUAGAAUUUCAUAUUGGAGAUGACGAAGAAUCAAGAGCAAAAAUACAGGACGCUUUGUUUCAACGAUCCGACCGUGAAAAAGGUUCUGAUAUCAGAUCUGUUGAGCUACAACUUCCCAGUCAAAUUUUAAAUUGUGGUUUGAUUUUUGUUGAUACUCCUGGAAUUGGGGAAAACGAUGCAAUGGAAGAAAUUCUUACGACUUUUAUAAGAGACCAUCAGAUUCAAGGAUUUAUAUAUGUCGUAAAAGUCGAUGGAGCAGCCGGUGGAAUCCAAGAAGACAGGAUUUUGAAACUAAUGAAAAUUGUACUUGAGAAACAGAAUUUCUCACAAUCAGACCAUACAGAAACGUGUUUGUACGACACGGCAACAACGUUAUUUGUCUUUAAUCGUUGGGAUUUAGUGUCUGAGGAAGACAAAAUAAAUGUGCGGGAUCACGUUGAAAAACGACUGAAGAAAUGCUCUCCAAACAUAGAAGACACUGAAAUUAUGUUUAUGUCAGCGACAUCUGUGAUGCGACAGUUAGAAAACGGCUUUGUUUCUACAUCUUAUACAGAACUUAUUAAAGGGAUCAGGCAAAUGAUGGAGAAAACCGCAUUUAUUAUUUUAAAACGAUUCUACAGAUGGCUAAAUUACAUGGUUUCUAGGAGUUUGCAUCAUUGUAAGACGUUAUUCAGUGGAGCUGACUUCUCUGAAUAUCAGCAGAAACAGAAGUUUCGGGAAACUGAAAGAAAAUUGAAUAUUUUAGAGGCAAAUUCUAAAGAUAUCUUUCAGGAAUUACGUAAGAAUAUCGAUGAUAAGGAGGAAGAGUUGAAUGAGAAUUUAUCAGAAUACCUUAAAUCCGAAAUGGUAUGGGCUGAAAUAUCUAGUUUUACUGAAUCAGAAUUGGAAUUCGCAAAACAAAUGCGGCACUUGGAUAUGGCCGUACACAACAUGUACAACGCAAAGAUUAUUGAUGCCAUCUCCGAAUAUACCCCAAUAAAUCAUGAAAUUAAUCAACUCAAGGACAAAUUGAUGUUGGCAAUAAAAAAGAAGACAUUUCUUCUCCAAGAGGAACUAAGUAUUAUUGAACUGGAAAUGGAUUCCAAGGACACGGGGAUACCAGAUAUUAACCGUCGACGUGGUAGCAACUUCAGUAUUUGCAGUUGGCAUCUUCCCACAGCACCUCCUAAAAUUCCUUCAACAGUAUUGGGUAAAUUGGCUUUGUCUGCGAAAAGACUGUUGACGAAGCAUAACAGCCGGCAACAUGCUUUACGGAAACAAAUUCAAAGAUCAAGCAAGGAUGCAUUAGAUAGUUUUAUACAGGAAAAUAACUAUAUAGCUUGUCAGCUUGAGCCGAUACGAAGUUAUUUGGAAAAGGCUGAGGUGUGUAUACCGAAACUUAUUGAGAGCAAUAAAAGUUUCAUCGCAGAAUUAAAAGAGAAUCAUUUGAAACAUAAACAAGAGAAAGAAAAGUACAUAGGUGCACUAAAUAAAAUAUUAGAACUUCAAGAUGAAAUUGCCCAUUUUGGUUACCAGAAUACUUUCAAUCAAAAGAAAGCACUUGAGAAAUUCAUAAAUAUCCAAGGUUUAGCUACAUCAUUUACAAAUUCUAUUGGAGAUUCUGGAAUUGUUGUUGAUACUAAUCGGCGUGUACCACAGAGUUUGUUUGCAGAAAUGAUUCCGGCAGCUUUAUGUGACACUGAAAUUACAAUCCGGAAAUACUUUGGGCACCUUGAGAUUCCGAGUCUCUAUGCAGAAAUGGAAAAACUUUCAUAUUUGCACCACGAAUCCCUUGCAAAAGUCAUACAAACUAUGAAAGGAGAAGAACCAGUUCCAGUAAUUUUGUUUGAUGAACGUUUAUUCCCGCUCAGAUGGCGAACAAACAGUGUUACUCAACGAAGGCGGAUACCUGUUGAAUCUUAUAGUGUCUUCAUCAGAAAUAUAGCUUCCGGACUAGUUUACAUCCACUCCCACGGACUCGUCCAUCCUGAAGUAUCUUUGGACAGUGUCAUGGUUAAUUGGCACCAACAAGUGAAACUUACCGGAAUGGCAUUACCACGUAAACUGAAAAUUGUAGAUUCAGACCAACCGAUUCAGGAUAUGGUGUAUCUUGCACCAGAAGUUCUAAGAGGCGGAAUAUACGAAUCACCAGCGGAUGUGUUUGGUUUUGGUCUUUUGGUUUGUGAAUUAUACAUAAAAAAGAAGGCCUUUGGAGACAAAACUACCUUAUCCAUUUCCACCUAUCUUAACGAGGUUGAUACUGCUGAUGUGGAAUAUUUUGAACUCAUUCCUGACAACCUGAAGCUAUUAGUGCCCAGAAUGCUCGCAAAAUCACCGACUGACAGACUCACAACUAGCAAUAUUUGGAGAGCUCUUGAAAUAUGAUCUGUUCUUGUCAACUAUCAUUACAAUCUACAGAACAUUUAUGUACGCAGACGCGUACUUAAUGCACAUAAACAUAUCAAAAGUAAAUAGACGCAAUCAGUUUUGAAAGAUUUAUUUUCUAAAAACAAAAUAAUGUCAUUUGAUGUAUUAAAAUACUUAAUCAAGUAUUUAUUAGACAUGUUUUCUGCAGUUUUUAAAUACUUUAACCCCCUUAAGAAUCGAACUGAUGAACAGCAUCUGCACAGAUAAAACGGUAUUUUGAGGGAGGGCCGUCUAUUUACUUUUGAGAUGUCUGCAUAUACAUACAUAUAUAUUAUAUGUAGCGCAUAAACUUUAUUGCUGUUAACUAUAUGAAUGGUGAUAUUUGAAGUUACUUUUGUAACUUUUUAAACCCAAGAUUGGCUAUUUAUUUAUUGCUGUAAUUAAUAAAAUUGAUUUGUUCAUGCACAAAAUACAAAAUACAGUUACACACACAUACACACACACACCAACCAAACCCAGGAAUAUUCCUACAAUAUUAACAUUCUGCUCAAUAUAUAUGUGUGUGUAUGUGUGCGCGUGCGUGUAUGUGUGUAUGUGUGUACGUGUGUGUGUAUGUGUGUGUGUAAAUGUGAAUGUGUGUGUGUGUAUAUAUAUAUAUAUAUUUACUAUACUCUUUUAGAAGCUUAAACUCGAGGGCCGUGACGAUGCUGGGAUGUAUAUAUGUAUAUAACGAGAGCGUAAAAAUAAAGGAAAUUGAAUCAGACAGACAUGGAGAGUCAAAAUAUAGAGGUUCUUGUAAUUAUGGACUGAAUCGAGGAAAACAGGAAAUCCUUGAGGCCAUGCAAUACGCUGUCAAAAAAUCUUGAUUAUCAUUUCUACUUCGCUUUGUUUUUUAAUGGUCCAUGUAUUAUAGAUAUUAACACUAACUUGUCUACACAUUAGACAUCCAGAGCAUUUUAAAUUAUACAAAACAUGUCCUUAUUGAUACACAAUACUCUAUAAGGUUUAUGACCGCUACAUUAGUAAUCUGACUGGUUCAGCGCAUCCCGCCUCAAACACGCCUUCCUUCCAUACAUCAAUCCAAGUAACUUAACUCAUCCAGAAAACUGGUAGUUAAUCAACAGCAGUUAAUACAUAGGUUUUCUUAAUCUGUGUGUUUGAGGCUAAUGAUCAAAACAGUGAAUGAUAAUAAUUUAUAAAAUAAUUAUUAAACAUAUAAAUUUGUGAUAUUCUUUUCCUUUUGAUAAUAAAAAUGCUACGAAAAUGUUUUCC